AUGGAGGAACAAAAGAAUCAACUCUUUGAAAUAAUCAGAUGUCUGGUGGUAGAUGUUGAUGUCACUUGUCUUCUCAUUACUGCUACUUUUCUCAAGAAAUCCAAAUUUGAAGUUGUGACAGUGAAGAGCGCAAAAGAUGCUUUGGGUGUUCUUCGUGGCAGUGGCCUCUCAUUUGAUCUUGUGGUCACAGAAGUCCACAUGCCCAAAAUGAAUGGCUUUCAACUUCAACAAGAAAUAGCCAAAGAAUUUAUCAUUCCUGUUGCUUUUUUAUCAGCCGAUGAAAAAGAAAGUACAAUUAUGAAAGGGCUUGAGAGUGGAGUUAUUUUGUUUAUGGGGAAGCCCAUAUCACAGAACAAUAUUAAUUAUUUGUGGAAUUAUGCUACUGUGGGAAAGAAUCAUAAAGGCAAACAUGUUAUUAAUCAACAGAAUCAAGACAAUACCAAUGAAAGAAUCCCCCAUGAAGUAAUUCAUAUUGAAUCUUCAUCGUCGAACAGUGAGAGGGACAAGUCCAUGAGAAAAUGUGAAGAGACUGAAAGCGAACAGAGUUCAUCUCCACCGUCAAAGAAGAGUAGAGUUGUUUGGACAGAUCCCCUUCAUGACAAAUUCGUGGAAGUCGUUUCAAAACUUGGCAUGAAGAAAGCUCAUCCAAGGAAAAUUCUUGACCUCAUGGAUACUCCUGAAUUGACUAGAAUACAUGUGGCAAGUCAUUUGCAGAAAUAUCGUAUGGGCUUGGAAAAGAACAAUAGUUCAGAGUUGGUUUCAGAUGUGAGUAAAAUCACAUUUAGUAAUGCUAACGAAUUAUCCACAAGGAAAGCAACUGACAAUAUUUCAACUAGAGUUCAACAACUUAUGAUAGAAAAUUCGAAUUUUGUUGAUCAUGCUAUAGAGGUUGAUCAUCAAGUCUCCCAGUUUAGUCAAAGGGAGAAAGAAUUGGCAAGAAUAUUGUGCUGUCAUGUAAAUCAAAAGUCUCAUCAUAUUGGAUUUGGAGAGGCUUCAGUAGAGUUAUCCACUUUACAAGAGAGUUAUGAAAGUACUAUAAAUGGAGGAACUAGUACUACAGUAGUUGGCUUUGCUAUGUUGGACAAUGUUUAUUCUAUACCACAUUCAACCGAACUUACUCCAAUUAUUACUGGAAGCCAACUGAAUGUUCAAUCUUCUAAUAUGCAAGAAAAUUAUGAAGGUAUUACAUCAGAGAAACGACCAUUCGAUCUCCGUAAUGUUCUUCCGAAUUUGGAACCUGAGCAAGGAGAUUAUGGAUGUUUUACUGCAGAAGACUCUUCAUUCCUCCAUAGUAUUUUUCAUAAAGAGCUGGAGCAAGAGAAUUACACAUGUAUUGCGGCAGAGGAUAGACCACUCCAUCUGCAUAAUGUUCCUCUAUAUUCAGAAUUUGAGGAAAAACAUUAUGAUGUUAUUACAGAGGAAAUAUCGUCCCAGCACCAAUACCUCUCCCCCAAUUUGGAAUUUGAGCAAAACAAUUAUGGUGAUAUUACUGUAGAUGAAAUAUUGUUCAAUCUCUGUGAUGUUCUCCCGAAUUCAGAACCUCAGCAAGACAAUCACAGAGGUAUUACUAUAGAGGAAGGAUCCUUCCAACUCAACUGUAAUCCUUCACAUCCAGAACUUGAGCAAAACAAUCAUGGUGAUAUUACUGUAGAUAAAAGUCCAUUCAAUCUCUGUAAUUCUUUCGUGGAUUUGGAACCUCAGCUAUGAAAUUUCGGAGGAAUAUUGAUCAGAUGUCUGUGAAUUAUGAAUAUGAAUUUUGGAGGUGUCUUCUUUCAAUGUGGAGCUUUCGUUGUUAGGUGACUUUGUGUUAAAUCUGUUGCCGGAUAUGGUCAUUUGCUGCAUCCCCUCUCUAGAUAUGGAAACAAAUUUACCAAACUUCAUAAUUUCACUACCUUUUAGUUUUCACUUUCUUUUGUGUAAUCCAGUUAUAUUUUCAAGUAGUAGUAUGUGUUUUGAGUUUUCAUACUUCAUACA